GCCUUCAUGUCAGAUAGACACUCCACCUGAAGGCUUGUUGGGAUUGAGGAGAACAACUCAGAUGAUGGCUGCCAGACUGAGAAAACCAAAUGUUUCUCCAGCAGCAGAAGGGAAGUCAGCCGUCCUCACCACCCGGUCUGUCCUCACAGUGUCUGUGAGCUGGCUCGGACUGAUGCUCAUCAUGGCCCUUCGUGUCUACUUUACCUACAAAUCAUCUGAAACCAACGCCGAGCUGACUGCAGAGAACCAAGACUUGAUGGAAAGACUGGAGCAGCUGAGAGGAGAAAACCAGGACCUGGAGGCCGAGAAGAAAAACCUCACAGAAAAACUACAAGAGGUGGAGAAAGUGUCGAAUGAAGUGAACAUCAGCAGAGCUCAGUGGAGCAUUGAUCAGUACUGUUAUGGAGGAAGAUUCUGUCAGCCUUGUCAGUCCGGCUGGGAGAACUUUCAGUCCCAGUGCUACGCAGUUAUUGAUCCUGAAAGGAGAAAUCGUAGAACCUGGGAAGAAGCUCGAGAAGACUGCAGAGGGAGGAAUUCAGAUCUGGUGGUGAUAAAUAAUGAUGAAGAAAAGAGGAAGGUCAGUGAUCUCAGCUGGAACAGUGGGACAGACAGUGGAUACUGGAUUGGCCUGAGGGUCUUGAACGGGACUUGGAAGUGGGUCGACGGGACUGAACUGACUGACAGUUCCUGGAAUGAAGAUCCUGUCGAAGGUCGAUGUGUUGUUUCUGUUCAAUGGCAAAGAUGGGAAUCAGUGAGCUGUGACCAGACGAUGCGAUGGAUCUGUGAAAAGAAGAGUUUAACUGUUUAAACUCUGUGGUCUGAGUCCAGAAAUCACAAACUUACAUGUUGAAGAGUCAAAGAUAAGAACUAUCAAUUCAUUUAUUUCACUUCCUUCACUGCGAUUAAAGUUUUAUUCUAUGUUUUUGUGCAUGUUUCAGAAAUGUCUAUAAUGACCUGAGAAGCUGCCUGUUUGUCCACCAGGGGGCGCUGAAGCCUUCUUCAACAGUAGAGGUUGUUUCUCAUCCAGACAUCAAGUUAUUUACCUCUCCUGCUGCUGAACAUCCUUUAGAUCUGAAAUCUGAUUUUAUGAGCUGUAUAGUUCAGUGAGAUGAAGGUUUCCUGUUGAUGACUCUGUGCUUCGGAUAAUAAAUCACUGCUACUUUUUUUU